AAAAAGCGGCUGCCAAGGCGGCUCUCGUUGUCACUUGUUCAAAGCACGCCAGUCCGCAGCAGCCGAAAUGAAGACGACGCCUGUUCUCCUGUUUGUUGUGUUGGCGGUGGCGAUCUCGCUAGCAGAGAGUGCCCCCUCGCCUGCGAAGUCAGCCCCCGCCGCCGUCCCUGUUGAGCCGCACUCGGGCGGCGCCAAGGAGAAGCGCGGGGCCCUGGUGUACAACCCCUACGGAGGAUACGCCUACGCCACCUACCCAUCCUACUACUACAAUCCCUACUCGUACUACUCGUCCUACCCGUACACCUACGGGUACACUUACGGCUACCCCUCCUACUACUACCUUGGAUAAACGCACCCUGAACCACCUUCCCUCUACGCAGAGGGGAAGGGAAAAGGGCAACCUGAUUCGGACUGCCGCUAGCUAACUAAAUUCGCCCGGAUUUGAUAGUUAUUUAUAUGUAGUACUUUUAAUUAUUACAAAGAAGAAACCUUGUGAUUUUUGUGACCUUUCCCUUAACACCCCUCCCUUUCCAUGAGCCACCUCGAUUGCCACCCCUGUUAGCUGUUUGUAUCAUACACCGAAGUAUAAUCUACACAAAUUGCAGCCAGUACUCGAUAAAAUAAUAAUAAAAAAGACAAGUAUUGAUUUAA